AUGAUUCCGUCGGAUAUCUACGGCGCUACUAUCGAGACGACCAUGGCUGAUGUGAAGCUGUUGGCCGCACUGUCAGGAAUGUCGUUUUCAAGCUCACCAGGUGUGAUAGCGCGGACGAAAUGUGGGGAGAUGCUCACCAAGUCUCAGCACAUGGUUCUUGGGGCGGUGGUGUACCACCGUUCAGGAAGGGAGAAUAUCGCGCCCAAAAUCACCAUGAAGGUCCGUGCGAAUCCUCCACAUGGCUGCACUGUCUGCUGGAGAUGCAAAACCACCUCAAGGCCGCCCGCUCAUUUUCAUCAAACUUCAACUGAUGAUAGUAAACAGCAUAAAAUCACCACCCUCCUGUCCAGACCCCGAACGGAAUACGACGCCCAACUCCCCCUCUCCCUCGGCAAUCUCAGUUUCUUUUUCAAAACCCUCUUCACCCUCCCCUGGAAACACAACCUCUCCUCUGGCCCACCCCCCGCCCUCUCCUUGCAAGCAGAACUGAAAACUUACCCCCCUGUCGUUUCUGGUUCUCAAUCAAGACAUGAAGUGUUGACACCGGGGCAUUGGAGUCUGAAGCCUGGGGCAAAAGUGGUGAAAUCCACCAGGAUCGUCGGACCUAUCGGGUGUUUUCUCAACCCGACUCAGACUAGGACUUGGCUGCGUGGAAGUCUGGGGCGGGAGAUCGAGAUUCAAACCCGGAGUGUCUGUCUUUACUUUGCAGUACUAAAUAAGAACUGCACGGCCGUAUUGUGUAAAUGCCCCGGUGGACCUGCCACCAUUGCCAGAGCUGUGAAGACAACAGGAUCGUUUGAGGUGUUGAUGGCGGUUGCGGCGGUGAAUAACGAUUUUUUGGGGAGGGUGGGGAAAGGGGUGUUGGGUAAUACGGCGAGGGAGUCAGCAGGCUGGGUUUGUAAAGGGGAUCAGAAUGACAGGGGGUUGAGGAGGGAGGUGACGGAUUGUAUACAACGGGCGUUGGAGGCUGGUGGAGAGGAGGGGGUGGUGGUGGAGGGGAGUUUGGAGUUGGUCAAGGUUGUUAUGGCUAAUACGGAGGUGGUGUUGAGGGGGGUGAGGAGGGGGUUAGGGGUGGGGGAAUAUGUGGGUUGGUGGUCAUGGGAAGGGGGAGGUCUGGGAGGAUGA